AAAAAUAGAAACAACUAGACCUCCAUCUGGGCUUCGUCAUAGAAAGGGCCUCCAACUGAGCUACCUCCCCAGCCAAGCCGAAACCCUAGGCAAGCACGCAGCCGCCGCGUAUCCCCGACCGCCAUAGCCGCGGCUCUACGUUUCAGCCGAAAUCCGGUAAUCCCCGUCCAGAACACCAGAACCCGCGGAUCGAAGAGGCGGAGAAGAUGACGCAGAAGCAGACCAUGUUCAAGGGGCAGACCAAGAAGAAGUCCAUCCCUCCCAGCCGCCAUGGCAAGGCGCCCCACAUCCGCAAAGGGAAGAGGGCCGUGAAGCCGACCAAGUGCACCAAGGACAUGGACGCCGACAAGGACCUCACAAAGUUCAUCAACCACGCGAACGAAAUAAAAGCUGCAAAUAAGGCUAGCAAAGAAGGUGGUGACCUCAGCAUAGUGAAGUCCGACGCGGAUACUUCCAACUCGAAGCAGUAGGCUGGAGGCUUAUGCUGCUUACUGUGAUGCACACUACAAGAUCAGUGUGUGAAAUGAUCCAUAUAUCAUGUUUUCAUGAAGAGAGUAUGUUUCGUUCACUCUACAUUGUAAUCUGUAACCAGUUUUGUGAAAUCAAAUUUUGUUCUGUGAA